AUUGGGAAUGAACAAAAAUGGUACUUCCCAUCAAGGUGGCUAUUCCCAUGAUGCUGUGGUCCAUGCAUUACAAAAAUGUGGCAUUCGUCAUAUUGACACAGCAAAAAGAUAUGGCUGUGAAUCUCUCCUCCAAAAAGCCAUCAAAGAGAGUGGUGUGAAGCGGGAGGACCUCUGGAUAACUACCAAACUGUGGCAUAGUGAUUAUGGCUAUGAGAACACAAAGAAAGCCUGCUUGGAGUCAUGUGAAAGACUUGGUGUUGAAUACCUUGAUCUUUAUUUAAUACACUGGCCUGAUGCACACGUUCCGGGUAAAAGCAAUCGAGAGGUCCGAGCUGAAACCUGGAGAGCAAUGGAGGAGCUCUAUGAGAAAGGUUUGUGUAGAUCAAUUGGCGUAAGCAACUUUCUUAUCAGUCAUCUUGAGCAACUAAAGGAAGACUGCAUGAUUAUUCCACAUGUUAAUCAGGUUGAAUACCACCCUUUCCAAAGACCUCAGGAGCUGGUCGAUUACUGUAGGAGCAGAGAUAUUGUUUUUGAAGGCUACUGUCCUUUAGCCAAAGGUGAAGCACUCACUCAUCCUAGUAUCAUUCAGCUGGCAAAGAAAUAUGGCAGAACUCCAGCACAGAUUUGCAUACGCUGGAGUAUACAGAAUGGGAUUGUCACUAUUCCGAAGUCCACAAAAGCAGAAAGGAUACAGGAAAACUGCAAGGUUUUUGAUUUUAAUCUGGGGGAAGAAGAUAUGGAGUUUUUGAACACUAUGAAUAUCAACAGAAAAUUAAUUCAUCUAACCUACCCACUGUGGAAAGGAUAAUUUAAAAGCAGAUUGUUCUAUACUGCAGAAGUGAUGCAACUGAAACAUUAAUUGAUUUUAAACUGAACAAUAAAUCUAAAUUUUUCUCUUGGGUUCUCAGUACCUAAUAAAUAUCAAUAAUAAAAAACCAGUAUCAAUGGCUUGUAUUUCCUGUUAUGUUAACAAAUUAAUA